CGCAAAAUGUCGUUACAAAAUAAAGGUGGACCCAAGAAAUUCAGUUUUGGAUUUCCUUCCAAAAAAGUUUCCUCUGAAGCUCCUAAAAGAAAAGCCCAGGAAACUUUAGUUGAAGAUGCUUCUAAAAAGACUCGAUCCGUUGCUACCUUUGACGAUGAAGACGAACUUUUAGCCAGUGCUGGCAUCGCCAAAGAGAUAAUAAAAAAGGCAGACCUGGACGAGGAUCAAGAAGAUCCCUUGGACGCAUUCAUGGCAGAUAUUAGUGAGAAGGCCAAAAGUGCAAAGGCAGAACCUAAAAUACGUAGAGAUGAUAUUGAGGAAGAAGAUGAUCUUGAAAGUUAUGUGCGACAUAUGAAGGAAAAGGGGGUCAGUGUGGGUGCCUCAAACCAACCCAUGCCUGAGAGGGACGAGAAUGCUAAUUCAGACGAUGAAGUAUACGCCACAGCUGCAGCAGUGGAUGCACGUCUGGACGGGGGAUACGACUCAGACAACGAAAUCAAUGCUUCUGCACCUGUAAAGAAAGAAAUUGAGCCUUUAGCGCGUGUAGAUCACGAUACGAUUAGUUACCCAGAGAUCGAAAAGAAUUUUUAUGAGGAGCAUGAGGAUAUUGCGGCAUUAGACGAUAAACGAGUUGAGGAAAUUCGAAAGGAGCUUGGUCUGCAUGUCACCGGUCACAGUAUUGCUAAACCAUGCCUAUCGUUUGCUCAUUUCGGUUUUGAUGAAGAUUUAUUAAGCGGUAUUAUUAAAGCAGGAUAUACCGAACCAUCCGCCAUUCAAAGACAGGCUAUUCCCAUUGCUUUGGAAGGCCGUGAUAUCAUUGGCAUUGCAAAGACAGGAUCCGGUAAAACCGCUGCGUUCGUCUUGCCAAUGUUGGUUCAUAUUAUGGACCAGGAAGAACUGGUGAAGGGCGAUGGUCCUAUUGGCUUGGUGUUGGCUCCUACUCGCGAAUUGGCUGUACAAAUUUAUCAAGAAACAAGAAAGUUUGCAAAGGCUUAUGGGCUCAAGGUCGCUGCAGUCUAUGGUGGUGCUUCAAAAUUAGAACAAUUUAAAGACCUUCGUAGUGGCACUGUAGAAAUACUUGUGGCAACACCUGGUCGUCUUAUCGAUAUGAUCAAGAUGAAGGCUACUAACUUGAGACGUGUUAGUUAUCUUGUGCUCGAUGAGGCAGAUCGCAUGUUUGAUCUUGGUUUUGAGCCUCAAGUUCGAUCUGUUUGUGAUAACAUUCGACCAGAUAGACAAACGUUGCUUUUCAGUGCAACUUUUCAAAAACGUAUAGAAUUUUUAGCACGCAGUGUCACCACCGAUCCGAUUCGUGUCAAUGUUGGAACCACAGGACAGGCCAAUGAAGAUAUCACACAAAUUGUUCAAGUGUUUGACGAAGAAGAAAUGAAAUGGGACUGGCUUAUCCGAAAAUUAGCUGGAUUUUGCUCAGAGGGCAGCGUUAUUAUCUUUGUUGGCAGAAAAGACGCUGUUGAUUUAUUAUCUUCCAAUUUAUUGAAAUCUCAGUUUGAUUGUAUUGCUUUGCAUGGUGAUUUACAACAAUUUGAACGUGAAAAGGUGCUUCGGGAUUUCAAGGCGAACAAAGUUAAAGUGCUUGUUUCGACUGAUGUUGCUGCCCGAGGAUUAGAUAUUAAAUCUGUUAAAAACGUCAUUAACUUUGACGUUGCUCGUGAUAUUGAUUCUCAUACACAUCGUGUGGGUCGUACAGGGCGUGCGGGCGAAAAAGGUACAGCGUAUACAUUAAUCACACAAAAAGAAGACAGAUUUGCUGGCGAAUUGGUAAGACACCUGGAAACAUCGGGUCAAGUGGUGCCACCCGAUUUAUUAAGUUUAGCCAUGAAAAACCCAAGGUUUAAAGAUGCCAGAUCCAACCGAAGAGGAGGCAGAGGAGGAGGAGGACGUGGUAGAGGUGGAAGAGGUGGAAGAGGCGGUAACGGUGGAGGUAGAGGCGAUAGAGACGCCUCAAGUGCCAACAGAGAGCCUAUAAACUUCCAAAGAGCUACACAACAACAGAAACCUAGCCGAUGGCAAUAAUAAAUAAAUAAAAAAAUAAAAUAAAAAACGUGCCAGCCAAUCUAUAA